AACGCUAGUGGUCCAUCGACCUUAUAAACAUGUCUGACGGCUGCGAAGAUCGUCGGACCAGGGCCCUAUCGUGCCGGUGAGUCAAUGACACGUACAUCCUCACUUGUUUCGACGGUCGAUGACCAGGGCCGGCGAUGGCCACAACGAGCGGUGCGCCUCCUCUUUCGUGCGAGAACUCGGGAGUCGAUACGGUCUUCGCUACUGAGACGACAGUGUCUCUCUACAGCUGCACUCUUCGAGUUCUACCGCGCUUUAUGCGUUACUUGUGCUGCUCUGCGGCUGUACGGCCGUCGCGCAUCGUUCAAGCGCGAGCGUAAGGAAGACACAGCCCAGAGAGGGUGACCCAGAAAGGUAUAUAAAGACUGGUCAAAUGUUGAAGACCGUCAGCAGAGCAAUCCGCCUCACUCAGCUUCACCACUUUCAACACCACUCAACAACUUCCAAACAACAUGCCGGCUACUCCAAAGACAACUCGUGCUACUGGUGGUGCCGCCACUGGCAAAACCCCCACGACCGCCGCUGACGCCUCCCGGAUACAGUCCACGCAGGCCAAGGCCGGCGCUGACACCGGCAAGGGCAGCUUUCCCGCUCGCACUCAGGCUUCGGCGGCGAAGAAUACUGGAGGUGCCCCGAAGGCUCCCAAGGGCAAGGCUGCAUAAUCACAACAAACCGGAUGUGAAGGUCUACUGAAAGUCUGUAAAGCACUGGGCUUGCCUGUGUAGAAAGCGAUGCUUCGUCCUGUAUCACGAAAAGCACACCUUAAAUACAAUGUACAUCACUAUUUAUCGCUCGCAU